AUGCGCUUGAACCCUCUGUCUCCCUACCUCCCACGCUACCCAGGCCCUUAUCAAGUCGGUACCGCAGAACUCGAAGUCAACCUACCACUUGCAUAUCGCCGCACGUUCGGUGAUGAUCCACCCCUCGAUACCUGUCUCGUUCGCCUCUUCUAUCCAAUCUCUGAAGAAUCCCAUCAUGCGGCUCGUAGACGACCGAGAUGGCUUGGUGAAGGUGGGUUCACAGUUAAGGGAUAUGCGCAAUUCCUUGGCAUCAAGGAGAAACUCCUCUCUAGUGUAUCGUUGCUUGGAUUGCGAUGGACGGAGAUCCCUGCAGCGCUAGACACACCAAUCCUACCAGCAUCUCCAGGAAAGACACUCUGGCCAUGCGCAUUAUUCAGUCAUGGCCUCGGCGGCUCGCGGAAUGCGUAUAGUCAAGUUUGUGGGAGUUUAGCAAGUGGUGGUCAAUUUGUCUGCGUAGUGGAGCACCGUGAUGGAUCUGCUGCCAUUUCUGUCAUACGUCAGGGACAGCCUGAUGAGCGGGUCGUGUCGUAUGUAUCCAUCAAGGAGACAAACCCUGUGACGGUUGCGAAACGGCGUGCACAGAUGGCACAGCGCAUGUAUGAGAUGGGUCUAGGACUUGCACUGACGCGCUCGUUGAACCGAGGCGACGGUCGUUUCCUGGGUGAACCGCUAGAGAUUGUUCGACAGGAAGGAUUUUCAGAAGCGUUGAAACAGAGUCUACGCGGACAGCUACUUUGCGAUAGUGGCAAGAUUCUGGCCGCUGGUCAUUCGUUUGGCGCAGCGACGGCGGUGCAUUGCUGUAAAGAACAAGGUGAAGUCUUGCCUGCGCAAGAAACUGCGAACCCCUUCAAGAACGAAUUCGGGGCGGCUGUGUUGUUGGAUCCUUGGAUGGAAGUCCUUCAGGAUUCAGAUACAAAGCCCUUGGAUGUGCCGAGUAUCGCAGUUGCAAGUGAAGCGUUUCAAAAAUGGUCGAGCAAUUUCAAUGCUUUGAAACAAUUACUACGGCCCACAGCGAGUAAUGGUGGACGCAACAGAUUGCUGUGGGUCCGACAAUCUGCGCAUCUGUCGCAGUCCGACUUUCAGCUGUUGUUUCCCCUGGCGACUAAGUAUGCGUUCAAAGCAGCGAUUGAUCCGCAUGAAGCCAUGUCACUCAACGUUCGUGCUGUUCGGGAGUACCUGAGAAAUCUAGGCAUUGGUCAAGAAGCACCUGACCUUGAUAUUUGGAAAGGACUGGACCAGGAGACGAAUGUGUUGCAGGAGGAGAAGCUAUAG